UCUUCAGUGUUGAGAAACGCAAGCAGACUAUCCCAAAAUGGUGUAACAUUCAUGCUAACAAGGAAUGCUUUGACGCUAUGGCAUGUGCUGCCCCUAUUGUCUCACCUUCCAAACCAUCCAUCAGUGAGGUAAUCAAUGUGAAACUCUUUAUUACCUCCUACACUGAUGAGUUCUUUACUGAAAGGGAGAUAAUCAGGAAAGAGAUACUACCUGAGGUUCGAGCAUGGUGUGAGCAAAAGAAACUGAACCUAAUUGAGCAUGCAAUCAAAUGGGGGGGUCGGCAUCCCGACCGCCGGGAAGUGUCGGAGCUGGAGAGAGCUCAGACCAGCAUUGAGAACUGUUACUACAACAAUAUCAUGCCUCUCUUCAUCAAUAUUACCAGUGAGUCUAUUGGUUGGGUGCCUAUGUGGGGGGAGUAUGCUGAUGAGGUGAUAGAGGACUAUAUUGAAGCCUAUGGCCUUCUUGUGGAGGACCUGCAAGUCCUGUAUGGAGCGUACAGGGAGGACAAUCUCAACUCUAUCUUUCUCAUCAGAAAUGAUUCUUUUCUUGAAUCUGUAUGUGAGGAAGGAAAGAAGAAUUUUGUACAGAGGACCUCAGCAUCAGAGAAAAUCUGUGGACCACAUGACAAAAUAUCACAGAAGUUUCCGAGUCAUCGAAUAAAGCACUAUAAGUGUGAGUACAAAGGGAUUGAUCACAAGAAGAGACCCCAGAUCAAACUAGCUGAUGAACUUAAACAAGAGAUUAUCGACUUCCUGAAGCAGCGUGUGGCGUACGACUACUGCGGGGAGGAGCCCAUGGUUUCCAACCACCCUGACAGCUUCGUGCACGCUGCACAUCGGGACUUCCUCCACCAGAAGAGCCAGAUGGUGCUUGGGAGAAAUGAGGUUGUUGUGAAGAUUGAAGAUUAUAUUUUACAUGAAGACAAAGAUGUGCCUUUGUUAUUACUGGGGAGCCCAGGAUGUGGCAAGUCGUCCAUUUUGUGUAAGGCGGCCGAUGUCAUUCUCACCAAGGUUGAGAAAGGAGAGAUUCAAGGGGAGGGUGGCAAGGCGUGGCAUGUGUUUUAUCACUUUGUGGGUGCGGUGCCAGGCUCUACCUCACUGGAACCCAUGUUGAAGAGACUGCUGAGAGAAGUGGAGGCUGCCAAGGACUCCAGUAACAUGCCGAAGGACUUGGAUGCCACAGCCCAGAUGUGUUGUAGUGUGUUGUCUAAUCCCAACACACGGCCUCUCAUCAUAUUCAUUGAUGCAGUCAACCAGUUUGCAGAAGAACAGGCAGCAAGAGUUUUGAGUUGGUUACCACGGAAACUGGCCCCCCAAGUGCGAUGUAUAUUUUCAAUGAUAGACAAUACAGAUCAUCACAUGGCCUUGAUGAGCAGGGAAACCAAACCCAUUGAGCUCCACAUCAAACCUCUCGACCAUGCCUCUCGCCAGAGCAUGGUGUGUGAGAUGUUGAAGCGCUACGACAAACGUCUUCCUGGGAGUCAGCUGGAGGAGCUGCUGAACAAGCAGUCCUCGGAGAACCCUUUGUGGCUCUCUGUGGCCUGUGAGGAGCUCAGCCUGCUGGACGAUGCUGACUUCAUCUCACAAACAAUUGUGGCACUUCCCAAUGGCCUCCUCAACCUGUUAGAGCAUCUACUGACCCGGCUUGAACAUGAAAAUGGCGGGAGCCUACUGGUGGCCACCCUGUGUCUGCUGGAGGCAUCUGCUGCUGGACUGUUGGAGUGUGAACUCAGGGAUAUACUUGGAGACGAGGACUCGCUCAUGCCGCCCUCACCUUAUGAUGAGAAAGAGGAGAAGGAGUGCUCGGAAAAGGAGAAGGUGAAGCAGAGGGGGUCACUGUCAGACAGGAAGUGGAUGCGGAUCUUCUCCACGUUACGUCCCUUCCUACGUCCCUAUGGUGACAGUAAGGAGGGGCGCCUGGACUUCUACCACAGAGCUCUUAGCAAGGCAGUUAGAAAAAAAUACUUCCGCAAGGGGGAGGCGGAGGAGCGGGAAGACGUCCCGGUACAGGAGGACGAGGACAACAAUGAGGGCAGCUUGGAGCGGGAGGAGAAGCCUGACGCCUUCUACUGGUGGCACAAGAAGCUGGCUGACUACUUCGAGACAGUGACAAACAUAGACAGGAAGGUCGAGGAGUAUCCAUAUCACCUGGUAUGUCUGGAUGACAAGUAUCGCCUGGCUCAGUGUCUAUGUGACUGGGACAUCUUCGACCGACUCUACAAUGAGGAAUACAGCUCUCAGCUCCUUGCCUACUGGAGAAAGGUUGGUCCUUCUGCAGAGAUGAUCUCCUAUUACGAGACCGCCCUGUCAAAGUUUGAGGAAGAUGAAACAGUUAAUGAGGAGUCUGUGUCUAUACAGUACGAGAAAGUCUGUAGAGUCGUAAUUCAGGCAGGCAAACACUAUGAAGCAUUAGAAUUGUUAAAGACAGCCAUGAAGAUAGAGGAAAUAGAACUUGGAGCACGGCCGCAUCGCAUGGUUGAAUUGUAUGCCCUCAUGGCCGAGAUAUACGAUGAGAAACUGAAGCUGAAUGACUUUGUAUCUCCAAGUCAACUCCCGGACCUCAGGAAAACCAUAUACUAUGGGCGCAAGUCCAUCACAAUACGAAAAACAUUGCCUGGGACGUAUCAUAAGUUCAAGCUAUCGAUGAGUCUGAUGAAACUGGCGUUCAACAUGGAGAGCUGGGAGGCCUGUGGUGGAGGGCCGGAGUUGACGGGGAGUGAAGCACUGGCUGAGGGCAACAGGUACAUCGACAAGGCGCUCAAGAUAUUCCAGGAGCUAAAUGACAUGGGACAUUAUGCUGAGGCCUUGAUGACCAAGGGUGUGCUGGCACCUAGAGGCAGCAUGGAACAGCUUAAGCUGUACAACCAGGCAAUGGACCUGUGUAUGCAGAUGUAUGGAGAGUUCCACAUCCUCACCUCACGCCUCUACAUCAACAUCGGCAUUGUGUACGAGGACAAUAAUGAUUACAAGAAAGCCUACGAAUACUUCAAGAAAUGGGCACGUGUCAGUGAGGAGAUACUUGGACCUGAUCAUCCGAAAACACUACGAGCCAAAGGUGUACUACGAGAAUCUCGGUACAAGCGGAUAGCUCAGGAACUCGGCGAAUGGGAUGCUGAAGAACCCGAGCAAGAUGUCAUCGGGGACAUUGAGGAGGAAGAAGAAGAAAAUCCUGAUACAGAACAUAAUUAUGAUGACACGGUCGGGCAGGUGGAGCUUGUUGUGAGUCGUGAAGAUCUUCCAUUGGACAAUUUUGUGGACAACGUUGCUAAUGGUGAUGCCAUUCAUAUCGCAGCAGAAUCGGGAUUAAAUGUCCUGGCUGAGGUGGAUUCAGAUGAUAAUAACGAGCUGUUGAUGAAUGGAUAUUUUGAUGGAGAAGAAAGGGAAUCCAUUAACGAGGAACACACAGAUAGUGAGAAUUUUUAUGACGACAAUUUCGAGGACUAUGAUGAACAGUAUAUACUACAUGUAGACAAUGGGCCUGUGAUUGAGGAAUUCAAUGUUCAUCUCGGGGAUGACGAUGAUGAUAACGACAUUGUGGAACUUGCCUCACGAGAAAUAGAUGACUGUGACAACCGAUAUGCGAGUGAUGGGCGAGAGGACGAUGAUGAUGUUGGACUACACCAUAGAUACAACAGAUCCUGAAAAUGAGAGGGAUGUUAGGUAGAAGGAGAGUAUCGUACUAUAUAUAACUUUUUUUCUACCUGUAUGUUUCAUAAGGAGACCAUGAAUGAUGUAAUAAUAUGAAAUAUUAUUUUAAACCCUAUGUUACAGAUAUGAUUUACAACAAUGUAAAACAGAUUCAUCCCUGCACAGAAAUGUUCCUGAUUUACCCAGAAAUACUCGUCAAAGCAGUUCAAGAGACCAAGCAGUGUUAGGCCUUAAUGCUCACUUAAGAAAUAACUUUUGGUGUUCUCCAUGUGUCUUUAUGAAAGACAACUAUGGUAAUGAAGACAGUUGACUUAUGGAUGUCAAUGUCUUCUUUGUUCUUUCAAUGCAGUAUUUGGGUACAGAUGCUGUACUUGUAUCAAACAAGUAAAGGUACAGCAUCUGUACUGAAACAUCGCACUGAAAGAAUAAAAAAUGAAAUUGAAAUCCAUAAAUAAACUGUAUUCUUUCUUACUGAAAGUUCUAUAGGUAAAAAAAAUAUGUUUCUGAACUUUUGUUUUGGACUAAAUUGACAGUAUUAAGAUGCCCAUUUUUGGAUCGAUUCAUAAAGUUUAAGAGGCAACUAACAGAAUCGGGUGGUCGGGCUCGCUGACUUGGUUGAUGCAUGUCAUUGUAUUUCAAUUGUGUGGAUUGAUGCUCAUGAUGUCAAUCACUCAAUUAUGUACGGACCGCCGUCAUAUAGCUGGAAUAUUGCUGAGUGCGGUGUUAAACAACUAAACAAACAAUCAUUAAGUUUAAGAAGAGUGAUGUUUAAACUGCAUUCAACAAGCCCAAAAGGCCUUGUAGUCUUCCCCCUACAAAACCUACAUAGACAUGAGACGCAUUGUAUAUCAUGCAGUUUGUAUGUUAGUUUUGGGGAAGCCGAUUUAAAUUACCCACCCUUUGUUAAAAAUCUAGAAGAUAAAAAGGACGGGAACUAGAAACAUACCUGAUAUCCUACUUUGGCCUGGUGCCACUUAAAGACAUAACUAUGGAAAUAUGAAAUGAAUAAUGAUGAUAUAUGAAUAUCUGGCUGCACGUAUCACAAUACAUUGUACCUACCAAUGUGUUGUGAUACUUGGUAAGCAGGUAAGCAGUGAUAUGUCUCAGAUGAUAGGUUUGUGUCAUUAUUGCAUCAUGAGGUAUAUCAUGUUGCCAAACCUGUAGGUGUGUCGUGUACACUGAAUUUGUAAUGUACUGUGAGACACUUACAAUAGAAGUAGGAAUGAUAUGAGAAUGUAUAUCUUACUUUGUUGAUAUUAUUUUCAAGUAUACCAUGUAUACAGUGGUAGAUAUAGAUAGAUACCAACAUGUUUGUUACUGGUAGAAAACAUGAGACAUUCACAACACUUCACAUGAACACAAUUAGCAAGUUCCUGGGUUGUUUUAUUGUUAAAAGAAAGUGCAUAUUGAUAGUUUGGCAAGGUUUAUUGUGUUUAUCAUGUGCUAUUUGUUAUGUUUCAUAACUGCCAAUUAUUUCUGAGAUUAUUGCACCAAUUCUGUAUUUAGGAAAUGAAUGUUUUCUUCAACAGGUAAUAGGUAGCUGUUGGUAGUAUUACAAAGUAUGGUACGCUUUGCUUGAAUGGUGAACAGUAACACUUCAUUGGAUACAUUAGGUGUCAUGUAAGCUUAGAAAUAAGACACCUAUCAUGAUAGAUAUUUGUUUCUGGAGAAAAUGAACACAGGAAUGGAAUACUCACAGCGCUUAUAAUGGCAUGCCUUUCAGUGCUCGGAUUUUGGAUGGGGUGCCUUUGAAAAAUUCAUUCACUGCUUUUCCAAAAAUAUGAUGGUCAAAUAAACUUUUAUGAUUUGAAGUGCCUGAUGUAUCGGGACUGCAUGUUUUUAAUCCCUAGCUUAAUUAUGAAUUUCAUCUAUUUUAAUUGAGUAACAUUUUAUCCAAAUUUAAGCCCAGGGCUUAAAAAGGACAAAAGCAUGAUAGGAAGAAGGAAUAUCCAAAGUUUGAUAAAGCAAUACUAAGAAAUAACAUAAGACGAGAGAUUCUUCUUCAACUUGAAAAUUACGAUCAAGAACACGUUCAAAAUGGAAAUGACAGCUGUCAAAAAUGUAACUUCAAACCAAUGUUGCAGUUAUGCAUGUCUUCCCUAUUUGUUUCAAAUGUCCUACUGAGUAUCCAGAACCUACGAUGGGGGUUCAAUGUGGUUUGUAAAAGUGGAAACCUCUUACAGCACUAAAGGUGGAAUAUUGGGGCAAAGUGGCCAUAUUUAAGCAUGCUAAACACUUUCUUAAGGGAGAUCCAUCAAUGUUUCAAUUUAAUUUAAGCCCAUGGGCUUAAAAGUGUUUUAUUUUUCCCUUUAUAAGCCCAUGGGAUAAAUCAUGAGAGGACUUAAAAACGUGCAGUCCCUGUAUGUAGUAGCCUUUUCAUCCCAAUUUCAGAAAAUAAUGCUUUCCGGUACAUAUUAUUUUGAUAUCAUAACAUGUCCCCUGCAACAUGAGUUUGGAUAUCAGAGAUCUACAGGUACCGGUACAUACCAGUUCAUACCGAUACAUACCGGUACAUACCGGUAGAUUAGUAGCCACCAGUAGCAACAGGGAAGAAAUUAAUGCAGAAUUGACCAUGCCUCCUAGCUUUUAUCAGCUGCUGGUAUGCAGCUGUGAGGAGGAUGAGAUUGCUGGGCAUAUAGUGUGUAGAGGGAGGAGACCCUUUAAGGAUGAAGAACAUUACUUUGGUAAUGGUAGGCAUAGGUUUGAAUUUAUAUGUGAAUGAGAAGAGAUUAAUUUUGUAUUUAAAAAGUGUUUAAUUUGAUUUAGCACUUUAUUAGUUUCAUGUGCCAAAUAUUAUGUAUCAAAGACCUUUCUGAAAUGUGUGUUACUUUUGUGGCCAUUCUGGAAGAAUACAGAUGAAUCAUGUGAAUUACCGGUACAACAAAAAUAACUUUUUAAGGACUGCAGUUAUUUAUUCAAUGCAGAGGUUGCAGUCGAGAUUGCAAAAAUAGGAAUAUGUUUGGUUAUAAUUUUUUUCAUCAUGUUCAUUGGUCAAAUGCCUUGCAAUGACAGCAAUGACAGCAAUUUAAUUCUGCUAUCAGACAAAAUAUGAAACUUCACUCAUUAAGAAGUACCCUAUUUGACACUUUAAAAUAGAAAUCAAUUGUGUACUUUUUUAAUCAAACAUCAUUGCUUUUUUGUCAAUUUAUUUAUUUUUAUAGCCAGAAAUGAUUUUGGUAGGAGUUGUGGUUUUGUUUACUGAAUCAAAGAAGGGGAUCUGUUAAGGGGUUGAUGAAACUGAAAAGUUAAUUUAGUUGGGGAUGGGGAGCUGGCGCCCUAUAAUAGUUUCUCCAUUUAUAUUGAUUUCAUCAUAAACAAACAUGACAAAAUACUUCAUCAUAGUAAUUUUCAUUUGAUGUGUAAUUUUGACAUUUUUAAAGCACCUAUAAUUGUAAUGCAAACAGUAUUAAACACGCCAGCAGUAGAAACAAAACUGUUUUAGUCCAGUAGUUCUUAAAAUAACGACAAAAAGCAAAACUCUUAAAAAUGGCAAAUUUCUACUCGUCCUUAUGAUACCUUACUACGUAUUAGGCAGUAUUAGGCAGUUUGGCAAGGACUGUAAAACCAGUGCCAAUUACAACCCCGCACUCCUGUCCCCGGUUUCCAAUGUUUGUGAAAUCACAGAAAUGCCUCUUUUUUAACACAGUUGAACACUCCUAAUAGUAAAUCAACAUAUGAUUUAAUUAUUUUAAUCAGCACUUCAGAAUCCUGUGGUGGAAUUGAUUUUUAAGGGGAGUAGGGUACUCCGUAAUUAGAAAUUGAAGUUGAGACAAGGCUCCCUAAAGACAGUACUGUCACACCAUGUACUGGCUCCACUGUAUAUAUCAGCAUUCCAGAUUACUGCAGUCUCAUUAGAACCAGAUCUUUUACUCCAAUAUGACCCCUCUGUGUGAAAAUCGGACAACACCUCCAUAGGAAGUGAUGUCAGGUGAAGUUUGAAAUUAGGGGCCAGUUCAUCAAAGUGAUCAUAGCGCUAUGGUGAUCGUAACUCCCAUACAUUAACGUGGUCUUACAACAGUCGUAGCACUACCAUCUCAUUGUGGAAUGGGUCCCAGCCAAUCAGUGUGGAAACUUCUAAAUUCUUUGUAUGAGAGAUUGAAGCAUGCCGACCAGCAUAUCUCAUUUUUUUAUCUGAUUAGGAAUUUCACAAAUGUAAAUAAAAAAGCAUGUGCCAUAUUGUGGAUAUGUUAUACGUUUCUGAGCGCUAUGGAUUCUAUACCCAAAAAGGAGUUCCAACAGAUGAAUCAAGGUGGUCAAGAAAUGAAGUCAUAUUGUUAUAUGUUCACUUGACCUUCGUGCAAACAGUUUUCGUAUCGGAGUAAAAGAUCUGACUUACUGAGAUUACUGUUUGAAUAAGCUGUAAGGUGAAUCUCUCAGAAGGCCACACAUUUCUCAAUGUCACAUGCUUUCUGUAGAUCAAACCAUAUUCUUAUUGAAUUAUUUUUGUAACUUUAUUUUUUCUUGAUCAUGUUGAUCCAAAAGAAACCAAUAGUUAUGUUUGUUUAAUAAAUGACAAUUUCAAUGCCUCAUGUGCUUCCAUUGAAAAUCAUUAUAUUUCAGCUUUAUCAAUUUUACUUUGAUGCUAUAAUAUAACUGAACUAAAUGUUCUGAAGAUGUACAGUUUAAAAUUAAUCCAUGUCACCAAAUAUGGCAUUAUUAUCAAAAUUAAAUAUUUAGAAUUGUGGAAUAAAUAGUGAAAUUGCCAGACAGCCAUAAAACUGGUACACAUGGUUAUGUUGCUGAAGCAUGGUAUAUAUGCAAAGAACCAUUCAUAGGGUUGUGUUUGUAUGCAGUGACACAUAUCAGCAUAUCAUAUCAGGAAAAGGACAUAAAACAUGUAUCUCUUAGGAGGGUCAAUUUGCACAAACAAUCUUAGCGCAAGGGUUAUACUUUAAAAAUGACCUACGAUAGAAGGACAUCAGAGGAUAACUUAACAUACUACUACUACAGGACAUAAGCUAGUAUAUGUAUUUAUCAAUACUUCAAAGGUUUGUAUACUGAAGAAUAAAAGUUAGGGAUCAUGAAUAUUUUGGGGAUAUAGUUUGUUGUGAAGACUUAGCAUCCAAUUUCAUACAAAUAUCCCCCAAACAAUUCAUUACCCCUAAAAAAUUUUAAUUUUCAGUAUAAUUAUGUGAACACUGUUCCUCCAUUAUUGCAGUGAUGCGUGCUUGAAUAUGAACCCAGUCAUUGCCUGAUAUAGAGCAGAGUUUGAAAGUUAUGGCACGUCAAGCGAGAAAUGUUGCCAUUUGUGUGAUGUUAUCUGAGCACACACUGGUUUGAACACUCACUGGUCUGAGCACUCACUGGUCGGAGCACUCACUGGUUUGAGCGCUCACUGGUUUGAGCACUCACUGGUCGGAGCACUCACUGGUUUGAGCGCUCACCAGUCUGAGCACUCACUGGUCUGAGCACUGGUCUGAGCACUCACUGGUUUGAGCACUCACUGGUCUGAGCACUGGUUUGAGCGCUCACCAGUCAGAGCACUCACUGGUUUGAGCACUGGUUUGAGCGCUCACCAGUCAGAGCACUCACUGGUCUGAGCACUGGUUUGAGCGCUCACCAGUCUGAGCACUCACUGGUUUGAGCGCUCACCAGUCUGAGCACUCACUGGUUUGAGCGCUCACCAGUCUGAGCACUCACUGGUUUGAGCACUCACUGGUCUGAGCACUGGUUUGAGCGCUCACCAGUCUGAGCACUCACUGGUUUGAGCACUCACUGGUCUGAAUACUUACCAGUUUGAGCGCUCACUGGUUUGAGCACUCAGUGGCUUCCUCAUGCAGGAAUCACACUCCAUCAGUUAGACACAGCGACAACACCAUGGCCCUGUGUAUUCAUGGGUGAUGGAGGAUCGUACUUUAUCCAAACCGUGAAGUAUGUGAUGAUGACUAGAAUGAAACUUAAUAUUUUUGUUAUCAGAUCAAAUUUUUGAAUUACUGUAUUGCAAAGGCAUGUAAUCCUGCUGUUUGGUACUGUGUUCUGGGAAAAUGACAGCAAGAGAUAAUGAAAUCAGGUUUUCAAAUCCAUGAAACAAUCUUUUAACACUAUCACUCACAAACUUGGUGAAACUCUAGGCGAUAAGAACAUUGAGAAAUUUCUUACUUUGGAUGUUCCACAAAGCAAAUAUGAUACUAAAAAUAGACUUUAAACUGCUAAUAUUGUAUAUUAUAUUGUAUUAAUGACCCAAGGACACAGCCAAGACCAAAAGACAAUUGUAAUUGUGCUUAGAUUGUUUGGGAUUGUCUGCCCUCAAUGACAGUGUGCUUGGCAAACUAUUGAGUCUAUGUGUCAUUAGCCUUAUGUCUACGGGCAGAGUUAUGAUUGCAUUGAGGAAGGGACUUGCCCACGCUGAUUUCACUAAUCAAGUCUUUGAUAACAAUUUACAUGUUGGAAGAACAUGAAGGCAUGAUACUCUUAUUGAUAACAACUUCUGUAUACUUGUGUCAGAGUUUCAGUGUUACUUCUUGCCUUCGAUGAACGAAGGGGCAGGAUGUAGACAGAACUUGUUAUCCGUAUAUAGUUACAUGUCUUCAUUGCUUUCCCUAUUCAAGCAGCACCUCAGCAGAAAUUACUUAACAGUUAUGUAUGUGCCAAAUAUGGUCGUGACCAUGUGAUGUGUGUAAUGAGGGCAAAAUAUCAACUUUUACUGUGUCGUUUUUGUAAGACCAUUCUUAACCUUAUGAUUCAUGACAUCGUCUCUUCACAAUCCCCUUCAGCAUUACUGAAGUGACUUAGGUAUUCGUUUCUUUUCCCUGGUCAGAUUAUCUGUCCCGAGUUUGUUUCUGUUUCUGUAAGUUAUUCUGAUGCGUUAUUGUUGAGUUAAUCCCUAACUGUCCUACUAGUUGUGUAUAUGAACGUGUGUAAAUGUUUGUUAAUUUAUGAUGCCCUGUAAAUACACAGCACCACAGUUGGAUCCCCUGUAUAUUAGUGUAAGAUACGACUUUGUGUUGACUGCGCCAAUGUGCUUCAAGUAACAUGCAAUAAUGUUUGUUUUCCUUGUACGCUGUGCUGCCUGAAUACAACUGACUGAUUUUGUUUUUUAUUUUUUGUUGUGUUGGAUAAAAUGGAUUACCUCUCAAAGCCAGGGUUAUUUCCACAAGCGAACUUGGAUCUACGACAAUCGUAUAUUUUUUUCGUAUAAUGUAAGUCCAUAAUUCGACAUUGGCUUAUGAUAGUCACAGCGCCAAGCUGGCUUUGUGGAACAGGGCUCAGGGUACUUAUGCUUCACCACAAUGCCGGAGAUAUAACUGGCAGUGAUCAUUUAAAGGAUAAUAAUGCAGUGUACAUAUUUAGGGGGUGAGUAAAGAAUUCAAACAUCAUUUCCGAAUUUUAUUUUAUAUUUUUCAUUUUAUUUUAUCCCAAUUUCCCCUUUCCUUUCAAAUGUAUUUUUUAACAUUUAUGAUGCUUACUAAAAGAGCGUAAAGUGAGUAGUUUGUUUUUGUACAAGUACUGGUGUAGAAAUGUUUCUGGUUGGUAACGAUGUAACAUCUUUUGACACAUCCUCGUACCCAUCAACUUGAUAGCACCGAUAUGCUCCUGAUCCAAUCUUUCUUCUCAUAGGUUCAGACAGAAUUAGAGAACAUUUCCUUAACCAAGCAUUUUUUUUUAACAAAUAAAAAACAUAGGAUUUAGUUUUUGAAGCAGCUUAUGUCUCAUUUAGUCAUUAUUCCAUACUGUGUAUGAUUAAAUCUGGAAAAUGAUCAUUUUCAUUAACAUGAUAAAGUAACAGCAUUGUAAAGGCUGCAUUGUGUUGUUAGAUUAUGGCUGUCUUCAUUAUUCAUGUUUAUGAUUGGAUUUACAUUGAAUAAAUUUAUAUGCUCCCAAAUCUGAUGUAUUAUAUUAGCUGCUGUUUGUACAAGUACUUUGUUGUUCUUAACGGCUCAGGCUGUCACUUCUGUAGGUUCUACAUUCCCACUGUAUAUAGUUCAAUGCUAUAUAGAUGCAUCUCCCAGUCGCUGUAUAUAGUGAGGUUAGUGAGUUGUGUUGAUAUCUUGGCUUUUUCACUGUGAGUAGCUGUGGAAUUAUUAGCAUCUUAUUGUGAUUAGUUGUACGUCAAAAUGCUGCAGUCAUACAGUCUUUAGGAAAUGUGACAAGCUUGUUGAAUCAGUGUGACUUGCGGAACAAUGAAAGAAUUGUGAUAAAUACUUAUGUGUGUUCAUAAAAUCUGCAAAUAAUAUAUUGAUUAUAUGCCAAAUAUAUAUUUUUUACAGCCUGGCACAAAAUUUUAAAAUGAUCAAAUAUAUGCAUGUCAAAAUUGUCAAUGUAUCAAACAUGUGAAUAUCAAAAUGAAAAAGUUGAUUGUUUAAUCUAAUUUUUUUUAUGUUUUCAAAAAUUACCUUAAAAAGCCCAUCGUUUUUUCAAAAUUCAGAGUUUGAUAUAUGAUAUUUUGAAAGUGGAUAGUACCGCUUCUUGAUCUUCCUGUGUAAUGACUUUGUAAAGAUACAAGAACCUCAACAAUCUGUCUAUCGUUGAGAUGAACAGGUCAUGGUGUUUGAUCAAUGUUUUUUCACAAUGUCUUUCUGACUACUCUUCUGUGUAUGACAUGGGUAAUAAUACUACACCACAACGCGAAAAUAAGCUCACACAAUAGGCAUUUGUGAAAUGUCUGACGAAAGAAUUACCAUAUUUAAAGAAGUUCCAAACCCUACUCCAUGUGCCCUAUGGCAAUUUUCAUAGCAGUGACUGAUUCACUGGAGAACUGGUUCAUUAUGGUUCAUUGAGUGGGUCGGGUUUAAUGUUGCUCAAAAAGGGACACAACUCAGCAAACAGCAAUACCUAAGACAACCUGUACCCCUGUUCUUUGGGCAGUGUUAGUUUUGAUAAUGUUUGAUAGAAAACCAUGCUUGUACAAGUACAGGUAAAUCUAAACUUGGUAAUGCUUCUAAAGUUUAAUGUGUCUAUCCCAAUAUUUUGUGCAGAGUUGCGUCCCAUGUGAAGGCCAGAAACCUGCGAUUCAAAUCCCGGUUUGCCCAGAUUAUGUGGGUUGAUCAGCACCAUACCCACGCUCGUGGGUUUCACCAAAGUGGUAAACGUUGAAGAACUGCAUCACGCCAGGCUUUCCUCCCACAAGCUGAAAUGCUGUGAAAAACUGAAAUACGGUUCAAAGUGGCAUUAAACAGCUCACUCACUCACUCAGUCUUUUACCUAAUCAUGAUGUAUGAUAACUCCUCACAUUCAGUAUCCUGAUAUGUUAUGCUCUUGAUACUUGGCAAGACAACAUGAAUAUUGUAUUUAUUACAUGUAACAAUUCGGCUGUUUGGUUGUCAUGGAAGCAAAUAACUGUCCACCAUCCAUUAUUUGAUGAUGUCAUAAAAUUCCAAAGAAAUGUCAUUGGCUUUUUACAGCUGUUUCCGAACAGAGAGAUAGUGCUCCCAUUAAACUAAUGACAACUUUAAUUGGUUAGAUACUUAGUUCAUCGUUGUAAUGUCAAGCAUAUUCCAUAAUUACACAAAUUUCUGUUUAUGCCCAGACCACAAAUUGUGAAAUUGUAUUAAAAGAUGUUGUCCUAUCUGUAUUUAUUAUUUAAUAGACAUUACAUAUGACGUUAUUUGAGAGCCAUAGUACUGUCUGCAUUUAUUGUUUGAGAUUUGUUACACUGUCUGCAGUUAUGAUUUGAACCCAAGUGUACAGAGCUUAACCACAAUGUAUAAAUGUCUGGCGGUGGCCAAUCUGUCGGUGUGCUUAUCUGACCUGUGGGCGUACUGUGUGAAGCAUACAUGUUCUCAUGCAUGGCCGGAGUUGAUGUCCGACUUGCACAAAUCAAAUAAAAUUUGAAAUAAU